UGACAGAUAAUUACCAAAAACCUUGAAUUAGCAUUGUUUAUGCCCAGAGAAUUUUUUCUGUAAUAUUAGCCAUGGAUGCUUUAUGGGCACGUAGAAAAGUAGAAGCAUCAACUUACUUUGAGAAUUUAAUGACCAAAUUAGAAGAACUAGAAGCAGUUUUUCGACAAACAGUGAAAGAAGAAAAGAAACUUAACAAUGAUCUUUACUUUAACGAUGGCAUACGCCGGAUUGAUUAUGUUUUUGUUUAUAAACGCAGCAACAAACCGGCAGUUAAACAAAUUGUUAAUCAAUACAUCAAAAAUUUAGAACACGAAGGAGUGCAGUUUGAAGUUGGAGAAUCUGAGCUGCAUCCUGAAUUAUUGUUUAUCAAUGUUCACACUGCACGUAUUCCAUUGUUGAUGUGCAGUGUGUUAUUAAACUAUGAACCUGUGUUUAUGCGUGUACCAGAUGCACCAAUUCGUUAUACAAGAAUUAUAAAUUUGCCAUUUAUGUAUACUGAAUUAACAAGAGGUGAAUUGUUGUCUGAAGUUGUUCAACGCGCAAGUGAAUCUUCUCUUGGUGCACGUCCUAAAGACCUUCUAAGUUCUGAACGUAUAAUGAUCACACGUGAAAUACUAAAAAAUGUAAGUUUUGGUUCGGAACAUUAUGAAACUGGUUUAAAAUUUCUUCUUGAUAAUAAAUAUCUGGAAGCGGCUUAUCCUUUACAUGAACAUCCUUCAAGGUGGACACUAAGUGGUACUUUAAAUGAUAGACAAUUGUUGAUGAAAUAUUGGGCGCGUUAUUCAAUGCUCUUUAAGUACCAACCGUUAGAUUUAAUUAAUAAGUACUACGGCCCGGAAGUUGCGUUUUAUUUUGCUUUCUUGGGUUUUUACAACCGCAUGUUGAUUCCGGUGGCCAUUUUAGGAGCAUUUGCGUUUGCCUACGGUGCGAUUACUUACGAUAGUGCAAAAAAUUCAUUAAGUGCAAAUAUAUGUUCAUCUGAAGAUGUUUUCUGUCCGCCUUGUAAGGAUGCAAGUUUUUGCUCGUUUAUAAAUGUUGCUGAUGAUUGCGACCAUUCUAAAGUACAAUAUGCUCUUGAUAAUGUUUGUACAAUUAUCUAUGCUAUUCUUAUGUGUUUCUGGGCUACAAUUGUAACGGAAUUAUGGAAAAGAGAAGAAAACAUCCUCAAGUAUAAAUGGAAUUUGCUCACGGUUGAAAACGAUACUCGCCCUAGACAACAAUAUACCAAGUAUGCAACGCAUAAAAGGCUUAAUAAAUAUACAAAGAAAUACGAAUAUUAUAUACCACAGAAGAUACACAAAUUAAAAGUGAUUAUUUCAUGGAUUUGCUGUGGUUUUCUUGCACUUAUUGUAAUAUUUAUGGUGAUUGCAACAAUUGUUUUUCGCCUUGUUAUUAUCUAUCUAAUUAAAGAAGAUCACACUAUCCCGACGAGAAAUAUAGAGAGAAUUUCUCACUUAAUAAGCACGGCAGCUUUGUUCAUUUUCAUGAUGCUUUUUGACAACUUUUACAAGUACGUUGCAAAGAAAUUAACGGAUUUUGAAAGACCGCGGACUCAAGCACAAUAUGAUCAAUCUUUCAUUAUUAAACUUCAUGUUUUGUCGAUUUUAAACGCUUACGCUUAUUUAUAUUACACGGCAUUCUUUAAAGGAUCAUUUAAGACCUACCCAGGAGAUAUGGCACAAUAUCAAUCCAUCGGGAUAUUAAAUAAUGACGUAGACGAAGCAAUGGCAAGCAUGUUACCGCUUACAUUUCAGUUGGUUUUUAUUCUAACGGCAAAAACUGUUUUGAAAAUGUUGUAUGAAUUUCUUAUGCCAUUAAUUGUGACUAAAUACAAAAUCCGUAAAAUUAAGAAAAAAUUAAAGAGUGGUCAAUAUAAAUAUCACAGCUGGGAAAAAGGUUAUCAUCGAAAUAAGAUUGAAUAUUACGAUAUUGCCGUGAAUGAAUUUAAAACAAUUAUCACUCAAUAUGGAUAUUUGAUAUUAUUUCCGGCGGCGUUUCCCUUAGGUCCACUGUUUGCGUUUAUUGCAAAUGUGAUUGAAAUACGAAUUGAUGCGUAUAAAUUAACCAGAUGGUCACGACGUCCUGUUCCGGCGAGAGUUCCUGGCAUUGGAGCUUGGAAUUCAAUUUUAAGCACUCUCUCCUACAUCGGAAUAAUAACUAACUGCUUUUUUAUUGCUUUCGCUACAAAUUCAAUUCAUUAUUGGCAUGAAUUUAUCUUUGAUAAAGAAGUGAAUAUUUUAAACUCGACGUUUUCAAUCUUUGACGUUCGAGACUAUGAUGAAACAAGUGAUUUUUAUGGAUCAACAAAUGUGCAGACUUGUUUGUAUCAAGGUCGUCGGUAUCCACCGAAUCAUCCGCGUAAAUAUCAGCAUAGUAAAGAAUAUUGGCAUACAUUAUGCAAUCAGUUGAUUUCUGUCAUUGUGUUAGAAGGAUUGGUACUUGGUUUUAAUAAGCUUCUGUCUUUUGCUAUUCCUGAUAUGCCUGCGCAUAUAAAAGAGCGCAUUCGUAUGAAACGCCAACGUGAAAAUGCUGCACGUGAAAAACGUUUGAAUGAAAAGUUUCAGAACAGGCAACAUACGAGAGGGUCGAUUACAAGAGAACAAAUUGCCACACGGUUAAUGCAAAUGCAAGCAAAUAUGUAAUUUGUUGGUGUUAUUCGAUUGAAUAUAGUUGUAUUUUCGUUUGAGAA